CAAAAAAUUUGGCGCGCCGGUUCUUUGAACAGCUCACACACACACCGACGGAGGCGUCGGGUCGACGGUGGAGACGAUGAGCACAAGAGUCGAAACACUCCGGUGGAUUUAACGGAAACGGAGGUCGGAGGGUCGAUCACAAUGAAACAUUGCGUCUUCUCGUAGGAUGUAGCCGAGGAACGUUAGCGAAGAACACACAUCGUUAGUAACAAACACACAGCUGGCUGUGGUCCAAUCAGAGUCAGCAUGAACAGGACCAAGCUGAGGAGAGCCAAGGUAACUCUUGGAGGCCAGAAGAACAUCUCAUCCUUCUUCUCCUCUGAAAACCAAAAGGAAGAGUCACUUUCAAAUAAGAUAUCCAUCACUGGCACUGCUGCAUUUGCCAAGACUGAACCUCAGAUCAAAGAUGGUGAAACCGCUCCAUUCAGACUCCACUCCCCCUUAAAGAGGUGCAUCCUUGGGGACCUUGAUAACCUCCUGCCCUCCUCGCCAGAUCUUCUCCUCUCUGUUCCAGAGACCCCCAACAGUCAGAUCAGGAUUGCCUCCUCCUCUCCCUCCAGAGAGGCAGGUCGACUGAGCCCCCUGCCCAGCAGAGCGGCGGCGAUCCUGGCAAAUAACGACCAGCUGUCCUCCACUGGUCUCAGUCCCCACUGCAAAGGGCAGAGUGUACGGAGAAGAAAGAGGGAAGAAAGAUGUUGUGGCUCCAUAAAAAGACUCUUCAGCCCCCCUGAAGAGUCGCACGAUGCCAAGAGAGCAAGAACGGUGGUCACCCCCACAGGUAGCGACCAGAAAGUAACAAGAUCUGUGAUCGGCCUUGAGAAGGAGCCUCGUUUCUCCCUUGACCAGUCAGAGGGUCAGCCUGAGAGGUCAAAGGGUCACAGCCGUGGUGCCGAAAUGGUCUUCAAUGACAGCAGAAACACAACAGCGUCACUGAGGUCUGAGGGGCACAGAAUACAUUGGGACAAAGUUGAGAAAGAUUCUGAAUUUACUGUGAUCACGGAGCAGAAAGUGGGUGAAGUGAAAAUCAAUAGAAACCUGCACAUUCGUCUGGAUCAGGAUUCUCACAAGCUUACUUCUAAUGUGCACAAGCCCAGUGCACAAAUGAUCUCACCUGCACCGCAGGGAGAGGCUGACCUAAACCAGACAGAGGCUACAAGAACCGCCAUGACAAGGUCGAAUAGAGACAAAGUGCCACCGUCCGAUCAAGAGCAAGCUGGAGCGUGUCCUAUUGAAGAAAGGCUGGAUGAGAGCUGGUUUGCAGAGCAUAUGGAUGAUAACGAAGGUCUUGUCACAGAGAAUAAAUCCAAGAAAUCCCGUAAGGUUCCAGACAAUGUGAUCCUCUCUGGUGGCGUUAACAACCGCUACUGGGUCCUGGAUGUGGAGGAGAGGCCUGGUCUCAAAACUCUCACCAUCUCAUGCCACAAAUCUCUACAUCCAACUGAGACGUGUCUGCUGAAAGACGGAUGGGAGAUGACGCCUGUUUGUUGUGGUGAUGUGGUGCACCUGGAGGGCAGCUCUUAUGGUGGCUCCUGGUUAGUGGACAGGGAGCAGGGCUUCUUGGUUCUGCUGCCUGACAGCCUGAUCUCAGGUACCAGCAUCUCAAACUCCAUCCGCUGCAUGAGGCGUGCAGUACUGGGUGAUAUGUUUAAGAGUUUUGACGGUGGCUCAAAGCAGAUGCUGAAUGGCACAAUGGUCCAUGAAGUCUUUCAGAGAGCAGCUACAGCCAAAGAUUUCUCUUUGGAGACUCUGUCUAAGCUGGCAGAGCAGACGCUGAACUGUCCUCAGUACCUGGGAGACAUGUACAGUUUGGGUGUAAGUCAGGAGGAGAUGAAGCAGGAAGUGCAUGAGUAUCUGCCCUCACUGGUGCAUUGGGCAAAGGAAUACCUCGGCUCCCCAACACCAAAAGCCAUCAGUCUCAAAAUCCCUAGCAGCAGCAGAGCCCCAAGCAGGGAUCGGGACUCCGCAACCGUUGUCACGGUUACAGAGCUUGCAGAUAUAGAAGAGAACGUGUGGUCACCAAGAUUUGGUCUGAAAGGGAAAAUUGAUGUGACGGCACGCGUUCGGAUCCAAAGACCUCGGAACAGCAAUCACAGAAACUCAGAAGAGAAGACGUUGCCCUUGGAGCUGAAAACUGGAAAAGAGUCAAACUCGAUAGAGCAUCGUAGUCAGGUGAUUCUGUAUACUAUGAUGACCAUGGAGAGGUACAAUCCUGAAGCUGGCCUCCUGCUUUACCUCAAGACUGGCAACCUGCACCCUGUAGUGCCCAGUCACAUGGACUACAGAGAGCUGCUGAAGUUGAGGAACACGUUGGUUCAUCACAUUCACCACUGUGUGGACAAAGAAGCGAAGCAGAGCCAUUUGUCCAGACUUCCUGAAAUCCUGACAGACAGACAAACCUGCCAGUAUUGUCCUCAAAGGAGAAACUGUGCGUUAUAUGAGAGAGUGGUGGAUAGCAGCUCUGCAGACGUCAGCGAGGGUGUUGUGCGUGAUUUCCUGCAGCAGGAGACGGGUCACCUGACUCAACCUCAUCUGAGCUAUUUUUCCCACUGGCUGCUGCUCUGUUGCCUCGAGGCAGCCACCAUGGAGGCCAAGAAUGGCCGAAAGCGCGUGUGGCUUCAGACAGUUGAGGAGAGUGAGAAGAAUGGGAGCUGUGUGGGGAAUCUGCAGCUCAGUGGCACAGUGACUGCCCAGUCUGGAGGAGUUUUCCUCCAUCGCUUCCAGAGAAUUGGUGUCGUGCCACAGCAAGGUGUGGCCAGCUGUGGUUUGGCCAGCAGGGAUCGCAUCGUUGUUAGCGACCAGGAAGGCCGUCUUGUUGGCCUGGCAACAGGAUACCUGUGUGAGGUCAGCAGGACACUGAUCAGCUGUACUCUGGACAGAGACUUGUCAAAGUUCACUGGCGUGUUGUUUCGUUUGGACGGCGAUGAAGGUGUGGUGGGCCUCAGUACUCACCUCACCAAUCUCUCCAGACUGAUGGAGAACUGUCAGGACAGUGAUCGUCUGAGGGAGCUGGUCGUUGACCUUCAUCCUCCGGAGUUUAUCUCCAACCUCAGUUCAGUUCUGCCCAGAGAGGCCAAGGACACCGUGGCCAACAUCCUCAAAGGUCUCAACAAGCCCCAGAAGCAGGCCAUGAAGAAGGUGUUGCUAUCUAAAGACUACACAUUGAUUGUUGGCAUGCCUGGCACUGGCAAAACCACGACCGUCUGCACCCUGGUUCGCAUCCUACAUGCUUGUGGGUUCAGCGUGUUGCUGACCAGCUACACCCACUCUGCCGUUGACAACAUCCUGCUGAAACUGAAGCGUUUCCGGGUUGGAUUUCUGCGUCUGGGGCAGGGGCAGAAGGUUCAUCCAGAUAUUCUGCCUUACACAGAGGAAAGUGUCAGGAAGACGGGAGUUCACACCCCCUCAGAGUUGGAGCAGCUUUAUAACAAGGAGUUGGUAGUGGGAACCACCUGCAUGGGCAUCAAGCAUCCCAUUUUCACUCGUCGGCGGUUUGAUUUCUGCAUCGUAGACGAGGCGUCACAGAUCAGUCAGCCGAUCUGUCUGGGACCCCUGUUCUACGCCAAGAGAUUUGUCCUGGUUGGAGAUCACCAACAACUUCCGCCAAUAGUGCAAAACCAGGAAGCUAGGUCGCUUGGGAUGGACGAAAGUCUAUUCAAGCGACUAGAGCUCCAUAGUGACGCAGUCGUCCAACUCAAUGUGCAGUACCGGAUGAACAGGCAGAUAAUGUCUCUCAGUAACUCCCUGAUGUAUGAGGGCCGCCUGGAGUGUGGAUCAGAGAGGACGGCCUCCGCCCUACUCACCCUGCCUUUUCUGCUGUCUGUCCAGUCGGAGCUAAGCUCGCACUCUCAGACUCAUCACCAACAUGAGCUGGCAUGGAUACAGGCCUCGUUGGCACCUAGAAACCCUGUUUGCUUCCUGGACUGCUCAAUGGUGCCGGCGCUGGAGUCGGUGGAGCAGGGAGGUGUAAGCAACCACACCGAGGCUGCCCUCGUACACAAGUUGCUCUCACUGCUUAUUAAGGCAGGGUGUAAGCCCAGUGAUAUCGGUGUAAUCGCUCCCUACAGACAGCAGUUGAAGUGUAUCUCUGCUCUGCUACAGUCCUCUGCCUUCACUGGUGUGGAGGUGAACACGGUAGACAAAUACCAAGGACGAGACAAAGGUGUAAUUGUGCUAUCUUUUGUCAGGAGCACUGCAGAGGAAGGAAAAUUAGGAGAGCUGUUGAAGGACUGGCGUAGGCUGAAUGUUGCCAUUACCAGGGCCAAGCACAAACUGCUGAUGGUGGGCUCUGCCACAACACUACGACGUUAUGCACCUGUGGAGAAGCUGCUCAACCACCUUCAGCAAGAGAACAUGAUUAUUCAACUCCCUUCAGCUGCUCACAAUGCCUUGCCCAGCAUGCACCUGUGACAGGAGGCCUUAAGGCCACAAUGGUGAGGCAGCUCAACUGCCUGUCUCACAGGGGAGCAGACGGGGCAACAAUUGAGGACCAGUCUGUAAAAGCUUGUGUGAUCUGUUAGAUGCUUUGAUCACACAUACACAAUGAGCUUUGAAUACCUUUCAUAGAGGUGUAAGUUGUCAACAAUUCAAAAUGUAGUUGUUGCUGUGCAACUAGAGAUACAAUGGACACUUAUCCACUGACCACAGUAGUUCUCUUUAAAAAGAAAGUCAGCUUUGAAGCAAACACUGCGUCUGAGCCACAAGUUUUAUAAUAGAAUAAUUUUACAUCAGCCUUUAUUAUACCAAGAACUUGUACAUAUAUUGUCUCUUGUACUUUUGUAAAAAUAUUCAAACUAGCUGAGGUGGAAAAAGUAAGAGGACCUCGUAGGGUGGAUCUAGAGACUUAACCUUGAAGGCUGUGGCUCUAUUGUUAGUGUUGAUGAGUUAAAUGGCAGACAGUGUGAUCUGCAGAACUAGUUGCACACAAAACUACAUGUUGAACUGAGUCUCUGAUUGAUUAUGGUACCAAGCAUCAACUGAAGGCUUUUCACUAUUCAUAUAGUCAGAUAUAUUGUUGAUCAAAUACCUCAAUUGAUACACUGAAAAUAUUUGACUUUCACAGUGCAGCACAGAAAGUCAUCAGCAAUGUGAAUAGGGAGACCAAAUUGGUACUUGACUUUAGUUAUUUUCACUGAGCGAUAACAGCCAGAUAAGCUCAUAAAUUACUGUCUGUCAACCGAACUGCAGUCUAAAAAGUUAAGCUACAUCCCAAAAUUAAUAUAACCAGAAUUACUUUCCAUCAUAAAUCACUAUCGGGUUUUCCAUCUUAAGAUUCGGGUAGAUUUUGUAUAAAUGAGGUAAAGACGGCAGUAUAUAACUUUUUAUUAUUUUUGUGGAUAAACUGUAGAUCACUAGACACCAUACAUACUUGAAAUCCAUUAUAAUCUGUGAACGCGCUACAGCAAAGACAUUGAAAUGACAAACUGCUCUAAAACAUUAUUUCAUUAAUAUAUGGCGUCAUAUUGUCAGUAACAGAAAAUACAUGAAACCAGGCAUUUAAAUCAUUUAUUUCUAUUCCUUUGCACACAGAUCUAAAGCUGCACACACACUGAAUUAUUAGACGACACUACGGGGUUUCAUAAUCGUUAAACUCAAGGGCUUUUGUCUGGAAAAUCACAAUUUAAAUGAUUCAUUUUUGUUUGUCAGCUAACUGUGAGCAGGAUGUUUAAGAUAACAUCCUGAUGACCAGACUAACUGUGAUUAUACCACGGGUGAGUUGUACCUCCAACACAUCCUCUGAUUUUACAUGUUUGGUUUUUGUCUAAUAUUGUGAUUUUUGGUGUUGUGUGAAUAAAUAAUAGAAUCUAUGUGUGUGGUUUCUUGGUUAGCUUAGUGAUGUUUCAUCAUUGUCUGGACUUGUCUAGUUUGCCUUCAUUUUAUUUUUUAUCUAAUUAAUUAUUAUUUUUAAUAAAGCUACUAAUUCAUUGCCUGUGUGACUAGAGUCUGAUUGUUCCCUGCAGCACAGUGACAGUUUGUCCAGCUAUGUUGAUUCUUCCAUCGUCUCUCACUUCCAGUUCCAGCUCACCACCUCGACCAGAGCACUGUUUCUCAGACCAGUAGCUACCUAGGACAGUGUGGGCAGAACCUGCAAAGACAGAAGCACAUAAGACCAGAAAGUGAUACCCAAAUUUUCUAG